AUGGGGAGGUCCGAGUACAACGUCGAUGUGUUCUAUGUAAGCCCUGGGGGCUAUCAAGACGUCGCAAAGCCGGGAGAAGGAAUUACGGCUGCUGGGAAAGAUGAGAUCGACCUGGAACUAAAGCGCUCCUCAAAAGAGGAAGUAAAACGGUGCCUGGAGAAGCACUGGAACAACGAAGACUCGUCGCCAUUGCUUUCGACUUAUGAAAACGAAGAUCAUGCCUACGAGAUCGCGAGCCGAUUUCUACGAGAAGGACAUACGGUCACGAUUGUGGUGAUCCACCUGGCCACUAUCUCUGGCAAGGGCUUUACUUGGCGUAAAGCGCGGCCUCUUAUAGAGAGUCUGGGGCUGAAAAUCCUGCCUGGCAAGAUAUAUCGCUACUCCGAGAGUGAACGCUUAUUUGUUCACCACAUACCGGACGCGGCAAUAACAGAGGCUCGGCAGCUGACACAGGACAUCAUCAGCUGA